AUGCCUUCAAACCAGGGGCCUCAUCAGGGCCUCGCCUCUCCCCUCGCAUUGGAGGGAGCUCUGCCCACAGCCUGUUGUGCUGCUGUUGCAUUGGCAGCAGGCGCAGCAGCAACAUUACAGCUCGCAGGGAAGGUGAAGGGGGGCCCCUCAUUAGUGGCUGUGGAGGUGGGAGCCGCCUUCACCUGUACAGGGUACUUGGUCUGGCGGUUAUUUCGUGGGGAAGCUUCUCCUACUGCAGCGGGAGAUGCUGCAGCUGCUGCAGUACCUGUAGUAGCAGCAGGAGGUGCAGCACGAAAGGCAGCUGAGGGAGGCUCGUAUACGUCAGACGGCUGCUGCGGGGGCGCCUGUGGAUGCGGGGGUUCGUCUGAGGCUGCAGCAGAACAAGAAGAAACAGCUGAAGAAGAAGAAGCCGGGGAAGCAGAUAUGGAAGACCUGCAGGAUAGCGAAGAUGAAUUUAAAAGAGUUGCACGUGCUGCCAAGAUGUCUACUUACCUCCAGCCUAAGGCUGCAAGAAGGCGGGCUGCGUCGCAGCUGGUGAAAGAAAGCAAUGACGAUAAAGAAGAACUGACAACAGCUGCUGCUGCUCCAGCAGCAGGAGAAGCGGCAGCUGCUUCUGCUGCUGCUUUGGCACCCGCAGGAGUUGCGCUAAACGAUGAAGCGGCAUUCCUCCCGGGGCGCUCCAAAGUUUAUUUCAAGACAUUCGGCUGUUCUCACAACAUCUCCGACUCAGAGUACAUGCGCGCUGCUACUGCAGGCGCUGCUGCUGCAGGCGCUGCUAUUGGAUGUGCUGCUGGUGUUGCUGUUGCUGCGUGUGAAUGCAUUCGUGUUGCUGCAGAAGGCUUGCUGCAUGCGUCUGGGUAUCGCUUUGUGGAGGCGAUGGAGGAGGCAGAUAUUUGCGUAGUUAAUUCAUGCACCGUCAAAAGCCCUUCUGAGUUCGCCUUCUACUCAGUCAUCAGGGCCGCGCUGGGCCAGGCACCCCCGCGCAGCAAUGCUGCUGCUGCUGCUACUGCUGGCACGGGCAAGCAGCGCACUCCACCAGAGCAGCAGCAGCAGCAACAGGAGCAGGAGGAGGAACAGCAGCAGCAGCAGCAGCAGCGUCGGCGGAUUCCCUGUGUAGUUGCAGGGUGUGUCCCCGGUGCUGCUAGAGCGGACAGGCGCGGCAAGGGUGCUGCUGCUGCUGCUGCUGCGUCGUGGCAGCAAGCGCUGCUGGACCAAUGUUCAGUUGUAGGGAUCUCUGCCUUCAGCCGCAUUGUUGAAGUGGUAGAAGAGGCUCUUCAAGGCCGCAUCGUGCGUCUCACUGGUGGCAAGAGCCUUCCUCCGUUAGACUUGCCAAAGAUUCGAAGGAACCGGUUUAUAGAAAUUGUGCCUAUUAGCACGGGGUGUCUCGGCAACUGCACGUACUGCAAGACGAAGCAUGCGCGCGGCGACCUGGGGAGCUACCCGGAGGAGGCCAUUGAAGCUCGCGUGCGGAGUGCCAUAGAACAGGGAGUCACACAAAUUUGGCUGACCAGCGAAGACACAGGCAAGAAGACACGCGCUUACGGGUUGGACAUCGGCAGCAGCCUGACGCAGCUGCUUCGGCGGCUGCUGCAGCAGCCGCUGCCGGAGGAGGUGAUGCUUCGCAUUGGGAUGGGGAAUCCCCCAUUUCUGUUGGGUCAGUUGUCUGCUGCUGCAGAUAUCUUAGGGCAUCCAAAUGUCUUCGAGUUUCUUCACCUCCCUGUACAGUCCGGCAGCAACCGCGUACUCAGUAGGAUGAAGAGGGAUUACACCGUGGAGCAGUUUCGCCAAGUGGUAGACGCCUGUCUGCAGGCCCACCCCCGAAUGAGUAUUAUGACGGAUAUCAUUUGUGGGUUCCCUGAUGAAACCGAAGAAGAUCAUGUCAAGACACUGCAGCUGCUCUCAGACUACCGAUUCCCAGCUGUUAAUAUCAGUCAGUUCUAUCCGCGCCCCAACACUCCUGCUGCAGCGAUGAAGCAGCUAAACUCCCAAAUAGUGAAGCGCCGCAGCAGAGAGGCGACACAACUCUUCGAGGCCUACACCUGCUACGACUGGAUGGUUUGGUUUUCUUCGCACUCCGACCGCAGCGAGCACACUGUUGGGCACACGAAGCAAUACAUCAAAGUCCUUGUAGACAGGGACGAGGCACUGCUAGGGAGGGUAGGAUGGGUGCGGGUGACUGCGGCUUCGAAGUGGCAUUGCAUGGGGGUCCUGUGCGGCCCCACAGCUGCCUAA